AUGAAUGAUUUAUUUGGUGAAUAUUUAAGAAGAUUUGUUCUAGUGCUCUUUGAUGACAUUUUAGUUUACAGCUCUAGCUUGGCAGAACAUGAACAACAUCUAAGAAUUGUUUUAAAGAUUCUGCUGAAGAAUAAGUUAUAUGCUAAAAGGAGCAAAUGCUUUUUUAGACAACAACAAGUGGAGUAUUUGGGGCAUGCGAUUUCAGCACAGGGAGUGGCUACUGAUCCUGCUAAGAUUGAAGCCAUGCAACAAUGGCCUUUAUCUAAGAAUUUGAAAGCAUUGAGGGUGUUCUUAGGUUUGACAGGAUACUACAGAAAAUUCAUUAAAGAAUAUGGAGAGCUGAGAAAACCUUUGACUAAUAUUCUCAAAAAAGAAGGAUUUUAUUGGACUCAGGAAGCAAUGGCAGCAUUUGAAGAAUUGAAACAAGUUGUGUAA